AUGUUGAUCCAACGACCCGCAGCCCGGAGCGUUCGGUCGGGACGUGUGAUAUCUUUGGCCACUAGUUUAAAUUCGAGUUAUACAGCUAAUUCAGGUACUCUAGUUUUGAGCACCUUUUUUUUAAUUUCAAAGCAGCAUUACUCACAAGCACCUCCAUCAACAUUAACGAAAGCACCAAGGAAACGCGCCGCAGGAACUCCUAAACGCAUCAAUUCCAAGAUUUUUCUUAAAAGUGACCGACACUUGGUACAAGCUGCUUUUAAGUCUUUGGAAUCCGAUCUUGACGCAUCGGUUUCUGUUUUCAGCGGGACCAUGAGUUCAGAUAGUGACUUAGCGCAUGAACUGGGGAAGCCAGUGGUACAUAACGUACGGUUGGAAGCUGCGAUGCGCAUGAUUGCUGAUACACUUUUACUCUACAAAGUUAUUGACUCCAAGAUUAAUGCUCAGAGACUUGAACUUCAACUUUCUCAAGACUCUGGGCACCAGUCUAAGAGUGAAAAUGGUGAAUUGGACAAUGCUUUCAGCAUUGACAAUUUCUAUUCACAAUCCAAUGGCGCUUUAGAAACAAUAUACCCAGGUGUGCCUAUGGAUAUAGAACCACUUGAUAUUGAUAGUGGUAGACUGGCAAGAUUAUCGAGGCGCGAGCUUGAUGAGCUACACAUGUAUCUGGCCAAAUACCUUGUGCAUAGAGACACCAGCAGCAUUCAGCGGCUUUACAAUAAGUACUUACACAGUCACAUUCAUACUUCUGGAGGCUCUAUAGCACUUACAGAUGAUCAACAACGGCAGCUGCAACAGAAACAGAAACAGCAUGGAACCAAACAAGGAACCAGUUCCGUGAACAUUCGCACAGCGCGUCUCAACCAACUGCUGAGGGGAGCUCUAGCUGCGGCGGGCCCGCGCCCAGAGCAAGUGCUGAGCGAAGCUUCGCGGAUUUUAAUGACGUUUGGAGCGUUGCCAAAUUUGGAGACGUUCAACAUUUUGAUUCGACAACUGACUUUGUAUCGGUUGGAGAUGCCAGCCAGAUUGGUUUACGAGGUGGUAAGAAUUGCUGAAAGACAGCCGCUAGGAAAAGAACUGUAUAAUAGUGUGUGUCGACUGGCGAUUGGAUCAGGUAAUAAGGCCUGGUUUCUUGAUUUGGCUCGUGUUUAUGAUUUCAACAAUGUGACUACACGGGACGGCCAAGAGUCGCCGCUAAAUGAGGAUUUUUGGCGACGGUUUAAUCCAAUCCGGAUGUCGUCUUAUAUGGCGCACGAGUGGCUUGAAUGCCGGCCCCAUGACUUGGAAUUACGGAAGAGGUUUUUUGGGUCCGAUGAAGCAGAGAUUGUUGCUAGAAAGAUGAAUUCGACACAUAUUUAUACAACCCUUAUUUCUGGGUUUGUUGCAUUUGGUUGGCACUGGUGGGUGGAUGGUGUUUUGCGAAAGAUGGCUGCAGAAGGAUUGCCUUUGCCUGUGCAAGUUUUGACGCUCAAUUUCCGAGCAGCUGCUGCAUCUCAAGACAAGGCCAAGGUGUUGUGGACAUGGCGCGAACUUGUGGGACUUCCUGAACGGCUUUCUCAGAUACCGUUACGUGACAUUAAUGGGAAUGUUGUUUCACGCGUUUUUUACGACGAGGAGGUUUAUUUGGCGGCCCGAGCGGCAGCUUUAGCGGUUGGAGAUCGGAAGUUGUUGGCUGAGAUUGAGUUGUAUAAUUCGCAAAUGACGGAACAGCGAUUAUGUUCAGGACACUUGAUGAUGGAAAUACCUCCAGAUUAUGCACCUUUUGAUUUGAGUGGUGAUAGGGGAGAAAAGGCCUGUCAUAAGAGGAAUACAGGGACCAGAACUUUGGCAGCAAACAAGCAGCACCAGCAAAAGCCGGCACAGAGUUUUGCUAGUGUGAUUACCAAUGCACUUUUUGCUAAAUCCAAGCCUGUGGAGCCUGAACAAGAGCCACAAUCCGUUGCAGUAGCGGUUGGGCCUCGGUACGGGGUGUUGGGGAGUGCGUACCGGGGGGCUCGGAACGUAUCCGCUGCGCAGGCCGGGCAGAGUCUUGCGGGAUGGCAGCGUCGGCGCGGCAUUGGCGAAGAUACGGAAGUAGACUGGGUUGCAGCGCUUGACCAGGCGCGGCUGAAGACGAUAGCUUCUUCCAGUACAAAAUCUGGGAGAAGCGCUGCAAAUAGUGUGCCGAAAUCGGAUAUAGAGUCUUUGCCAGCUUCAACACAAGGCACUGGUGGUGUCGGGACUCAAGGAUAUGGGGAUACGGUUCCAGUAUCGGGUCUCCAGCCGUCGUUUUCAAUGUCCGGUCCAUAUACCAAUAAUAGAGUUAACGUCGUCACGGACCAACAGAUGCCACCACCCCCACCACUUACGUCUGAGCAGCUCCAGUAUAUUGAAGAAAAACUAAUCUCAUCCACAGAGUUUUUAGAUUGUCUUGAAUCUCGUUUAAAGUCCAAAAUCCCAGCAACUGUCAUGGCCAAUACAAGCAACAUUCCGCCGCCUCCAGAUUACAAUGAAGAAAGUGGUAGUAUGAUUAACGGUAGCUUGUAUACAUCAGAAUCCAAUAAUAACAACAAUACUGAGUUCAGCUGCUUUUGUGAUGGAUGCAAAAAGGCCACAUUUGGAAGCUGGUAUCAUUGCGAUACAUGCCCAAACUAUGAUCUUUGUGCUUCUUGUUUUAAUCAGGCUCAAACGCAGCCAAACAGCCACCGGCUACUUCACGGCUUUCUGCGUAUUCGAUCUCGCGACGAUGUGAUUUUGCCCGAGAUUAUGCGUAUGGAUUACUAUCCGGCUGGUACGUGGGAGCGUGUGUAUGGGUACAAGCAGUCUGUGCACACAGACAUAAAUUGCGAUGGAUGUGGCAAGAAACCAAUCAUGGGCGAACGGUACAAGUGUAUGGUGUGCCGGGACUUUGAUUAUUGUGCAAAGUGCGAGGCAUCUCCUGUGAUUAAUACGCAUAAUCCGCGUCAUCCCAUGAUCAAGUAUAAGUUUCCUGCGGCUGCACCGAAAAAAAUGUAG